GACAACCUCUUGUUUACUUGCAACUCAAUCUAUAGCUAUCAGGCACUCGGGCUGGACGUCGUACCACUUAGCCUGAGAACUUUCAUACUCUUUGGACGAUCAGAGAUGACUACUAGCACACCAGUUCAGACUGUUCACCAGGACAACGAUCACACCCGCGCUCGCAUUUUACGGGACCAUCUUCGCGAGGCUCUAAAAGAUGAUCCAGACGACGACUCCCUGCAGCAACUUGUAGAUAGUCUGACAAUCGCUUCGCUGCACCCCGUUGGAGAACCAUCGAAUUCUCAAACUAAUGAUGAGCUCACAGUGACUGAACAAAGCGUGCGAUUUCCUGGUGCGUUGACGAAAGCUGACGUCCAGAGGGUUGUUCAUACGAGCAUGCUGCUUGAUACACCGUCGAUGGACCGCCUUGAGGAUGCACUUGGGUCGACUAUGAAGGACAUCGCAGACUUUUAUUGGAGCCCAGCAGAGGUCCUCGACGACGAUCCAGUCCAAAGAGCUACAAUUUUACCUGAAACAAUCAUGAACCAGCGUGAAAAAAUGGAUGAAUAUACUGCAGAAAUCAAACGUCGGUCGGACCGCAUACAUAAGCUCGUGACAGAGAUAAACGAGACACAUC